GCUGGUUCAGCUGCGCGUCCACGCCGUCUGUCCAUAUAUACCAAAUAUAUAUAUAUCCCAGUCUGGAUAUUUUGCUCGUCGUGCCUGCAAGUGUCAAAAAAAAUAUAUUUAAAAGAAAUAUCGAAUUCUAGUAAGCAAAUUGCUUGAGUGCCAUUAAACGCAAUACAAUAUAAUCACCGUCAACGGCUCUAUUAAAAAACCUUUCCGGCGAAACAUAAAAAUCGUUCGGCCGCAACACAUUUAAAUUUAUUUAUUUUUAAAUCAUCUAUUUAAAAGAAAAUGUGGUAGCUACAUUUAACAGUCAGCGGUUGAAGCGCCUAUUUAGUUUGUUCGCCCGCUAAACGGAGCCUUUCCUAUUGGGAUUUAUCGACGGUGGCCAAAGUGCAACAGUACCAGCGGCAAAACGGAUAGCUGCCAGAGAUAUAGCCAAAACGUGUGCCAUGAAGGAGAAAAGCAAAAAUGCGGCACGCACUCGACGUGAAAAGGAAAACACGGAAUUCUGCCAAUUGGCCAAAUUACUGCCGCUGCCAGCGGCGAUUACUUCACAACUGGACAAGGCCUCCGUCAUCCGGCUGACCACAUCGUAUUUGAAAAUGCGUCAAGUCUUUCCCGAUGGACUCGGGGAAGCCUGGGGCUCAUCGCCUACCAUGCAGCGGGGUCCUACCAUCAAGGAGCUGGGCUCCCAUCUGCUCCAAACACUGGACGGCUUCAUCUUCGUGGUGGCUCCGGAUGGCAAAAUCAUGUACAUCUCGGAAACGGCCUCCGUGCAUUUGGGCCUGAGUCAGGUGGAACUGACGGGCAAUUCGAUAUUCGAGUACAUACACAACUACGAUCAGGACGAGAUGAACGCCAUUUUGUCGCUGCAUCCGCACAUCAACCAGCAUCCAGCCGCCUUUCUCAACUCCCUACAGCUCGCCCAGACGCAUACGCCCAUCGGCAGUCCCAAUGGCGUCCCAUCCCAGCACUCAUCCGCCUACGACCACGACCGCGGAUCGCACACCAUCGAGAUCGAGAAGACCUUCUUCCUGCGCAUGAAGUGUGUCCUGGCCAAAAGGAACGCCGGCCUCAUCACAUCCGGCUUUAAGGUGAUACACUGCUCCGGGUAUUUGAAGGCUCGCAUCUAUCCCGAUCGCGGCGAUGGCCAGGGCAGCCUCAUCCAGAAUCUCGGCCUGGUGGCCGUCGGUCACUCGCUGCCUUCCUCUGCCAUCACAGAAAUCAAGCUGCACCAGAACAUGUUUAUGUUCCGGGCCAAGCUGGACAUGAAGCUCAUCUUCUUCGAUGCACGCGUAUCGCAGCUAACCGGAUACGAGCCGCAGGACCUCAUCGAGAAGACCCUGUAUCAGUACAUCCACGCCACGGACAUAAUGGCCAUGCGCGGCUCCCAUCAAAUCCUGCUGUACAAAGGACAAGUGACCACCAAAUAUUACCGCUUCCUGACCAAAGGAGGUGGAUGGGUGUGGGUGCAAUCGUAUGCCACCCUGGUGCACAAUUCGCGAUCUUCGCGAGAGGUGUUUAUCGUGAGCGUGAACUACGUGCUGAGCGAACGAGAGGUGAAAGACUUGGUGCUGAACGAGAUUCAGACGGGAGUGGUGAAGCGGGAGCCCAUUUCACCCGCGGCUCAAGCGGCCCAAGCGGCCCAGGCGGCACAAGUGGCACAAGCGGCACAAGCGGCACAAGCGGCGGCUCAAGCGGCGGCACAGGCGGCAGCGGCGGCUCAGGUCCAGGUGGUGGUGCCCCAACAGCCGGUGGUCGGGGUGCAGCCGCAGUGCGCCGGAGCAACGGGUCAGCCGGUGGGUCCGGGAACGCCUGUCAGCCUGGCCCUGAGUGCCAGUCCAAAACUGGAUCCCUAUUUCGAGCCGGAGUUGCCGUUGCAGCCGCCCAAUGCAGUCACGCCCGUGCCCGCGAAUAACAAUGGCAGCAGCAACAAUAACAACAACGGCGUGUGGCACCACCAUCAGCUGCAGCAGCAACAGUCGGGGAGCAUGGACCACGAUAGCCUCAGUUACACGCAGCUUUAUCCGCCCUUGAACGACCUUGUGGUGAGCUCCAGCAGCAGUGUGGGUGGAGGCACUGCCUCCAGUGCGGGAGGCGGGUCCAGUGCCUCGGCUUCGUCAUCUGGCGUUUACUCCACGGAGAUGCAAUAUCCGGACACCACCACGGGCAAUCUGUACUACAAUAACAACAAUCACUACUACUACGACUACGAUGCCACGGUGGAUGUGGCCACCUCAAUGAUUCGUCCAUUUUCGGCCAAUUCGAAUAGCUGCUCCAGCAGUUCGGAAAGUGAGCGGCAAUUGUCCAACGGCAAUGCCUCGAUUGUGAAUGGAACAUCGCCCUCACAAACCACAUACAGCGAUCUCAGUCACAACUUCGAGCUGAGCUACUUCUCCGACAACAGUUCGCAGCAGCAACAGCACCAGCAACAGCAGCAGCAGCAACAGCAACAGCAGCAACAUCUUUUAGAGCAGCAGCACCUGCAGCAGCAACAGCGAUUGCAGACGCAACAGCAGCAACACCAGCAAUAUCACUAUGUAAUGCCCCACCAGCAAGAGCAACAGCAGCAGCAAUAUCAGAGAGUGGUCAGCGAUUUCGCGGAGAGUUUCAAGAGCGUAAAUGCUGCUGCUGCGGCGGCGGCAGUAGUGGCCACGCCCCAUUACACCAGCGUUAUUGUGGAGCCGCAGCAUUAUAUACCCAACGAUUUUGUGCAUUAACAGCAACUCGAUGUUGUGCCGUUGUUGUAGUUGUUUAUAAAACGUCGACUGCUCCCCCCUCCGCCGGAAUCAAGUUGUUGCAAUGUUAUAUAUAUAGUGUAUCGCUGGUGCACCUCUGAGUUCUCAGUUCUCAGUUCCAAAUUGUAAUAUGUGGCUGAGCCACAAAACAUCUGAAUUUCUAGCCGCCGUCUAUUCUCUUUUAUUUAUUAUAUAUAUUAUUACCCCCAUUGCGUUCACGUUAAUUAUCCAACAGUUCAGUGUAAAGUUACAAAGAAAUUGAUACAAAACAAACGAAAAAAUUAAUAAAAGAAUGAUCCUUGUUAACAAAUGCAAAAGCAAAUACAAAUUCUAUAAUAAAUAGACCUAAGUCUUAACUGUAAAAUGUUCAUUAAAACUAACUUAAGUUAAUUGCACAUACUUAUACUUAACUAUGUCGUCAUGCGCAUACCAUAAUAGGCCCCAUAACCAUGAAUUCAUACGAUCUAUGAAUCUAUCUAUGUAUAUAAAUAUGCAAUAAUGUGUAAAUAGUGCAGGGUCCGCUCCACUAUGCUGAUAUCGAAUAUGAUCUUCAUAAGUCAAGUAAAUAAUUGUAAAUGUAAAAUUAACUAUUAUCGCAAAUUUUUCUAAUUUGAAUAAACAAAUUAUUAUGUGGGUGAACAAUAAAAGAACAGGUGUUCAAUUGUUUCUAUAAGCCACAUUUGGAAAUCAUGAUGCUAAAGAAUAUAGUUUUUAUUUAAUUUAGUAAUGUUAGUUUACAAAUAAAAUGUUAUUUACAAAAAUUA